AUGCACCAACAGCGACAGCGUUUGUUUCUCGCACUAGUCGGAACGGCUGUACUACUCUUAGGGUCGGUACAUGUGGACGUGGUCACAUCGGCAUCCAUUUAUGCGCCCGAUUUCAACGACAGCAGUGCACACUUCCUCGAUCAACAGCGGUCUUGCCGAGAUCUGUGCAGCUUCUGUCCAACGUGCAAUGGGUUCUACUGUGGUGAAGAGUGUAUCUGUGAAUGUAGUCAGGAUCCGACUGAACACGCCAAAUGUAUCGAUCUGAUUAAGGCCAACAGUGAACAGCUCGGACUGGUGUACGACCUCUUCAUCCAGAUGCCACAGAAACGAACCACCCGGGCACGGUUCGGACGGCGAGCACAACAGCCGAUAGAGAAAGACACCCCUGGAAGAGUUGGAUUUCAUAAGAUCUUGUUCUCCAACUUUGCCUCUAAACGUGUCGAAGACACCAAACUGAAGACUGAAGAUCCGGCGCAGUUCACCAGCACGAUGACGGUAAAAGGCACGAGUGAAAGUGUCGUGUCUGUGACACGGCCAACCAGCAAGAAUCCCAUGGAAAAGCAUGAAAUUGUGGAUCCUUCUCAUACGAGUAGAACAUAA